AUGGCACUGCAUCGGAGACUAGCAACUGUGGAUAGGCUGAUCAAAUGGGGAAUACCAGUACCUGCAGAAUGUGUUCUGUGUAUGACAGAUGAAGAGGAAACUCAUGAUCACUUGUUCUUUGAAUGCUCAUAUUCAAAGUUCAUAUGGAAGCAAAUUUCGAGGCUGUUUGGAAUUGAUCGACAAGUAGGUAGAUGGCAGGAAGAGAUUGAAUGGAUGUCUACAAAAACAAAGAGCAGGAAUACAAAAUGGAAGAUUCUUGGAAAUGCCUUUGCAGCAACAGUAUAUCACACAUGGAUGGAAAGGAACUUACGAAGGUUUCAACAGACAAGGAAAGAAAGUAGGGAUAGAGUUAGAGAAAUUGUAUUGCAUUUACACAUUUAA